AUGAACGGAGAUCUGUCCGAUUUUACUACGGCUACCGAUGCUAUUGAAGAAGGGGCGAACUUAAGCACAGAUACUGGUGGCUGGCCUUAUUUUCAUUUAUCAGGACAGGAAUACUGGGUAAUUGUUUUGAUCGUUGUUUCGUUUGGCUUGGUUGGAAACGUCUUUUCCUUCUUGCUGAUGAGCGACGGCCAAUUUUCUCUCCUGUCCUACCCAGUUUAUUUGAAAGCGCUCGCCCUGUCCGACAGCGUCCAAAUGAUUAUAAAGGUUGUCGAGGAGACCGAGCUGACGUUUGGUUAUACUCACGUCAGUCAUUUAAACAACAUCAUCUGCAAGCUUUGGCAAUACGUCAGAUACAGCACUAUGAUGCUGUCGCCAUGGUUGGUGGUUGGACUCAGUCUUGACCGGCUCGUCUGCGUGCUGUUCCCGAUUACACGUGACCGGUUCUGCACCAAGAAGAAGGCUUUGGUCAUCUGCUCCUGCCUCGCUCUGGUGUUCGCGGUGGUCAUGCUCCCAGUCCUGACCAGUCUUAGAGUGGAGGGGGGUCUGUGCGGGGGACGUCGUGUGUCAGAUGCGCUGAUCGCUUUGUUCAUCGCCAUCCGCUUGGUUCUGUCGUCGACUCUCCCCUGCCUGCUCAUCUUCAUCCUCAACGUCGCCAUUAUCGUCCGGAUUCGACGCAGCGCCACCUUUCGGAAGACGUUUACACCGAGUUCCGCUCGAAGCAACCAAGACAGCUCGACGCGCCCUCUGGUGUUGGUCUCGGUCAUUGCAUUCCUGACUCUCCUGCCUUUCUCCAUCGCAGAAUGUGUUCAGGUUCUACUCAGCUUAACCCAGAUUGAUCUAAAAGCUUUGCUUCUCACCAUGGAAUUGUGGCCGCUCUUUCAUCUCAUAUACAUGCUCAACUUCGGACUGAAUUUCUACAUCCUCGUCAGCAGCUCGGCCAACUACAGAAAGAUUCUCGCCGCUAAAAUUAGAUGCUCGCAUUGCAAACCGAAAACGCAGAUGCUUCAACGGAACAUGAGUACGAAUCCGCAAAAUGCGACUGUUACUACGUCUUUAGCUGACGUACCCACCGCCACAGCUGAACUUAGUAAAUGA